ACAUUUUAUUUAUCUUUUAAAAGGAAGUACUUCGGCGGUAUGGUUGCUCAUAUCAAUAUCUAAUUUCGGAUAGUAAAAACUUCUUCGUCUUAAGUUUAACCUCUGAUAAUCAGAGUACUUCGGUUUACUUCAAUAAGGUAGGGAAUGUCAACAUCUGAGUGAGUUUAAAAUCAAACAUGGCGGAUGAUAUUCAUAGACCGCAUCAUCUCUUAGCUGCCAGACUGACGGGAGAGGAUAAGGAGGUCACGGAUGAGGGAACGUUCAGGACGAUUGUUGACCGCUUCAACAGACUUGAUGAAGUAACCAAGGCCAUACAGUCCGUCGGGGUGGACCAGUGUGGAAUCAUAUUUGGUAUCGACUAUACGACGAGUAACGAGACCCAGGGUAAGAAUACAUUCGGUGGUAACAGUCUUCAUACGGUCAAGGAGAAGACAAUUAAUCCGUAUCAAGAGGUGAUCUGUAUUUUGGGUGAAACUCUGGAACCGCUAGACGAUGAUGGCAUCAUCCCAGCCUACGGCUUCGGGGACAAGGGCACACCAGACCGGAAGUUGUUCCCUCUCAAACCAGAGAACGACUGUGAUGGAUUUAUGGAGGUGAUGGACGUGUACAAUCACGUGACCCCUGGUCUGAAGCUUGGUGGACCUACAAACCUUGCGCCUCUCAUUGACGAGGCAGUACACAUCGUAAAGAACACCAAAAAGUACCACAUCCUUGUGAUAGCAACGACAGGGCAGCUAGCAUGCCAAGCGGAAACAGUCGCCUCCAUCGUCACUGCAUCCAACUUCCCCCUUUCCAUCAUUGUCGUAGGAGUCGGGGACGGUCCAUGGGACGCCAUGAACGACUUUGAUGACCUACUUCCGGAGAGGAUAUUUGAUAACUUUCAGUUUGUGAACUUCCACAAAGUGAAGCAAGGCGCUCGGAACCCACAGGCGUCUGUGGCGCUCGCCGCCCUUAUGGAAAUUCCCGAUCAAUACAUGUAUAUAAAGGACUUGAAACUCGUGGAGAAACUCACUUGAAUUAUGCUUUAUUUUGGAAAAAAGGAUUUGAGCUACGCAUCGAGCUAUGGAUUGUUAAAGAUGCACUCCUACUCCCAAAUCAGAUUUAUUACAAUUCAUACAAUAAAUAUACCAACAAGGGUGAAUAAAUGUCGAAAACAACGAUUCUUUUGAAGGAUAUCGAGUUUAAUUUGAAAGAAAGGUGCACAAAAGAAGGUAUUUCUACCUUAUAAGACGAUAGUAGAUCACAGUAAAUCUUUAAGCACUCACCAAUCAUUUAAUAUUUUUGCGUUUUCAGCUAUUAAAUACAUGGUCACAAUCUUGUUACCAGUUAUUAAUAUGUUCAAUAAAAGUGUUAUUUAGUAAGCAUGUAAAGAUUUAUCACUCAAAAUUAAUGUUUGUUAUAUAUGUGUACGUAUCGAUUUUGAAAAAGAGUGUCACUUUAAAAGAACAAACAACCCUCCGUAUCGAUAAAAAUGAUGCGCGAUUUCAUUUUCACUUACGUGCAUUUCUUUUCUUGUUUUCAAUACAUGUAAAUGUUUAUUACUUAAUGUCAACAUUGUUAUCUCGCGUUUUAUCAUACUGGGGUGCGCAAAGUGUAGAAAGUGAUCGUAACCUUGAAUGAUGAUGAUGAAUCAUUUUGAGUCGUAAACAAGUCGUAAUCAAGCCUUAGUUUCAUAUUACAGUAUAGGGUACUUUUGAAUUUUGUCAAAUUUCAUUUUAUGUUUAAAGCAAUGUAUUAUAUUGAUGAUAUACAUGUUCAGGUAUGUGUAAAAUAUAAUUUUGGCUAGUU